CUCAGGACUCCGGAGAACGUUGCUUGCAAAGCUCUCCAUGCUUGGUCUCUCCUCUCGCACACUUCGCUCAAACUCCAACUCCCAUGAACCUGAUAAUAUUCCCAAUGGCUCGUCUACUGAGUUCCCGUAUGGCUUAAUGAGCCCGGUGCAGGAGCUGCCGGUCCGAAUGGAAGAGGCACCUGCUGCAGAACCGGCCCGCGUCGAUCCUACCGAAUGGUACCCGCACUAUUUGAUCUGCUUGCGGCACUUUUUGGAUCACGCGCAGCAUACGCUUCCUGUGCAAUCAUUGGCGACCUUUAUCAAUAUUCGUCUUCCUUGCCAGCGGUCGUCUGACCCUGUCUUUCAAUUCACUCAGUCAGAGAUAUCUGCUGCAUCUGUGGCUUUGACGCCGUACAUCCGACGACUCAUUGUUACCGGCAACGACACACCAUCAGUUCUGCAGGCAUUUUUUGGCAAUGGCUGGGAGGCCGGCGUCGACUACACCUGGAAGCAGGAACGCAUGAACUACUUGUUCACGGCCAAAAGCAGCGGCUGGGCCUCGACCAAGGAAGCCUACGAUAUUCUCCCCGAUGAGCAAACCCCAACUAUACGGCCUCUUCGCAACCCCACGGAGGAGGAGCUGUGCUUAGCUGAUGCGCGAUGGAGCGAAUGGCUAGCAAUGGAGGAUUGGAUGGUUGGACCGCGAAGUCCAUGGUAAAGGGGAAAGCGUCUCAUGACGAUGUGAUGGGCCACGAUUUUGACGAUAAUAUAUCACUCGUUUCGAAUCUUUCUUUUGUUCAAUUUUUGGGAUUUCUGCAACGGAGCAGUCUACGUAUCACAUUUCCCUUUUCUGGUUCCAAUUUUGGUGUAUCUAUCCACAGCAGAGCAAUAUAUCGGAUCUCCUUUGUUUUGGAAAUAUCCUGGUUCAUCCUGUAACAUAAUCACGCCACGUGAUACAUUCAACUGUUCGCCGGUUACAGCGGGUUCGGGUC